CUGUAAUCUGUCUGAUUCUGUCAGACAAGUACAUUACGAAGGUACCCUAACGCGACACGAACUUUGAACUAAAAUAUCCCUGAACCCCCCUGCAGAUGUUGUACGACCUUAGGUAACCCAAGAUACCCCUCCGAUCGCGGCAGCCGGCAGCAGCAGAGCUCCAGGGUAGAGGACCCCUCUAAGUGAGGAAGUUACACGAAAAAUUUAUUUUGUACCAUGUAGUCGGAAAGAAGCUUCAACCCAAGGUUUUAUCCAAGGUCCCUUCUACUUGACCAAAACAGUCAAUUGAUAUUUCACAAUGGCGUCUCGACUUCUUAGAAUAGGCCUCAUCCCCGGCGACGGCAUCGGCCGCGAGGUCAUCCCCGCCGGCCGCCGCAUCCUCGAAGCCCUCCCCUCCUCUCUGGGCCUAAAAUUCGAGUUCGCCGACCUGCACGCCGGCUUCGAGACCUUCGAGCGCACCGGCGCCGCCCUCCCCGACCGCACCGUCGAGGUCCUGCGCCAGGAGUGCGACGGCGCCUUAUUCGGCGCCGUCUCCUCGCCCUCGACCGCCGUGAAGGGGUACUCGAGCCCGAUCGUCGCGCUGCGCAAGCGCCUGGACCUGUACGCGAACGUGCGCCCCGUGAAGAGCGUGCGCACGGCGGCGAAGCCCAUCGACAUGGUCAUCGUGCGCGAGAACACCGAGGACCUGUACGUCAAGGAGGAGAAGACGUUCGACCGCGCCGAGAGCGAGGGCGGCAGGUACGCCGAGGCCAUCAAGCGCAUCUCCGAGCGCGCCUCCACCCGCAUCGCCACCAUGGCCGGCGAGAUCGCCCUGCGCCGCCAGAAGAUCCGCGACGCCAACCCUGCUUCCUCUAUUCAUAAAAACCCCCUCGUGACUAUAACCCACAAGUCCAACGUCCUCUCGCAGACCGACGGCCUCUUCCGCACCGCCUCCCGCGCCGCCCUCGCCGUCCCGAAAUUUAGCAGCGCCGUGCAGGUCGAGGAGCAGAUCGUCGACAGCAUGGUGUACAAGCUGUUCCGGCAACCAGAAGCGUACGACGUGAUCGUCGCGCCGAACCUCUACGGCGACAUCCUGUCCGACGGCGCCGCCGCGCUCGUCGGCUCUUUGGGCCUCGUCCCCUCCGCCAACGUCGGCGAGGGCUUCGCCAUCGGCGAGCCCUGCCACGGCUCCGCCCCCGACAUCGAGGGCAAAGGGAUCGCGAACCCCAUCGCCACCCUCCGCAGCACCGCGCUCAUGCUCGAGUUCCUCAACCAAGAAGAGGCUGCGGCUAAGAUCUACGCGGCCAUCGAUGCGAAUCUUGAGGAGGGACGCCUGCUCACGCCGGAUUUGGGGGGCAAGGCGACGACGGAGGAGGUUGUGGCGGAUAUUUUGAGGAGGUUGUAGAUGUAGAGCAUAGUCGUAGUACCGUGUCUCGUGACAUGGUAUGUACAUAGGUAUAUACUACAUCUUUAGGUUAGGUACUUACUCGCCUACAGCGAAAACAUCAAAAAAGAGAUACCGGAAAAUAAUAAAAACUAAAAGUAACGGACGGAUGGACGGAAGACCAAAAAAGUUCAUGUUUUUGUCUACUUUUCUAGAGGUAGAAUUUUAUGAUACCAAUGAAAUCAACGCCUGAAUAUGAGAAGAUGCAUUUUAAGU